CCGGUCCACUGGGCAUGGAGGGUGGAAUCAUCUCCAACCAGCAGAUAACGGCCUCCUCCACUCACCGAGCUCUCUUCGGCCUCCAGAAAUGGUACCCCUACUUUGCCCGGCUGAAUAAGAAGGGCCUUGUGAACGCCUGGACCGCUGCCGAGAAUGACAGAUGGCCCUGGAUUCAGAUUAACCUACAGAGGAGGAUGCGGGUCACAGGAGUGAUAACCCAAGGAGCCAAGCGCAUCGGGAGCCCAGAAUAUGUUAAGUCGUACAAAGUGGCCUACAGCGACGACGGAAAGACCUGGAGGACAUACAAAGUCAAGGGCACAGAUGAAGAUAUAAUCUUCCGUGGGAAUAUUGAUAACAACACUCCGUUUGCCAACUCCUUCACCCCUCCUAUCGAGGCUCAGUAUGUGAGGAUCUACCCGCAGGUGUGCAGGAGACACUGCACUCUUCGCAUGGAGCUCCUGGGUUGUGAGCUCACGGGGUGUUCGGAGCCAAUGGGGAUGAAGUCUGGCCACAUUCAGGACUACCAAAUCACGGCCUCCAGCAUCUUCAGAACUCUUAACAUGGACAUGUUCACCUGGGAACCUGGGAAAGCAAGACUGGAUAAACAAGGCAAGGUCAAUGCCUGGACAUCUGGACACAGUGACCAGUCCCAGUGGCUGCAGGUUGACAUGCUUCGGCCAACAAAAAUCACAGGCGUUAUUACCCAGGGGGCUAAAGACUUUGGACACGUUCAGUUUGUCGGCUCCUACAAGCUGGCUUACAGCAAUAACGGCGAGAGAUGGUUUAUAUAUCAAGACGAAAAACAGAAGAAAGACCGGGUCUUUCAAGGAAAUUUUGAUAAUGACACCCACAGAAAGAAUGUGAUCGAUCCUCCCAUCUAUGCCAGAUUCAUCCGAAUUCUUCCAUGGUCGUGGUACGGAAGAAUCACUUUGCGCGCAGAGUUACUGGGAUGCACUGAGGAAGAGUGAAGACCCCUAUUCAUUUUCCCUUUGCAACACUUUGGUCCAUAUUCAAUAUAAACUGUGCUUGUAAAACAUGUACAAUUAAAAUUGGUUUCAUCUCAUCUGAAUUUUCCAUUUUUGUAAUAUUAUGAUUCGUUUUAUGUUUUAUUCCUAAAGAGGUUGAAUUUAGUUAUCACUCAUGCCCUGCUUUUUUGUCCUUUUAUGGUCUGUGCCACUUAUUGAAAUCCUUUUUGUUUCUUUUAAGCCAAUUAGAGGGUGGGGCUAUUUCACUGUGGUUUUCGCAGUGGAACAAAAGCCACUGUACAGUGUCACUUUAAACCAGAACAAAAAAUGACAUGCAAUGCUUUUUUGGCCAUAAUCAAACACAUAACAGAAAAGACUAACUUUAAUAUGUAAAAUAUCUUUCUACUUUCAUUUUAACAGCAGGCUUGACUGAAGUUAUACCACAACUGACACUGACGCUGUUGUGUGGACAAAAAAUAUGAUGGUAUUGUAUUAUAUGUAAAACGUAAAAUAACUGCAUGAUGCAAAAAUGAAUAGAAGUAUAAGAAAACAAGAUGUAUACGUUCAAAUUAAAGCAUUUCGUAGAUAAUUUUUAUCGAUCAUUUCAAAUUUUUAUUAUCUGUUUUCCUAUACUUUUCUAGACAGUUACAUGGCCCAUGACGUGAUGACAUGCCAUAAUAAAGGCAACACUAUAGAACUGGAAGCACCUACAAAUCUUAACUAAUUUCACACACAUAGACAACUGUUGAAAAGUUAGGUAAAGGUACAUUCACCUGUAGGUUGUUACAGAGGCAGUCUGUAACAAUGACAGAUACAUUUUUAAGAAAAUAAUGUU